ACACUCCAAACAUACACCAUUCCUUUCUAAGUUCUCACCCAACCCAAACAAACACAACAAUAAAAAUUCAAAACCCUCUUAUCUCAUGAACUCUCAAGAUUUUCCCAAAACAAAAUUAACACCAACACCAACAUAAAGACUAGUAAGACCAAACAAUAAUUAUAUAACAUGUUAGAUUUAAGAUUUAAUUAUGUAAUUACCAUCCUUUUAAAUUAAAAAUUAUUAUUAUUAUUAUUUAUUUUUUGAAAAUAAAAUAAAAUAAAAUUAAGAGGUGUGAGAAAAGGAAGCAAGAAGGUCCUCAUAGGAGAAGCAGUUUAUGGUUAAAUGAAAACCAAUCUCUUUUUAUUUCAUUUUUUUCUCAUAUGAUAUGGAAAACCACCAAAACCAAAACAAAAACCUAAACCAAGACCACCACCACCAACACCAUGCUUGGGGCACGUGGGAAGAGCUUUUACUAGCCUGCGCCGUCAACCGCCAUGGCUUCAAAGACUGGGACACAGUCGCCAUGGAGGUCCAGUCACGAACCAACCGCCCCACGCUCCUCGCCACCGCACACCACUGCGAACAAAAAUUUCACGAUCUAAGCCGUCGAUUCACAGACGACGUUCCUCCGCCGCAACAGAAUGGGGACGCCGCCGCCAUCAAUUCCGAUCAUGUCCCCUGGCUUGACAAAUUGCGGAAACAACGUGUUGCUGAGCUCCGGCGUGAUGUCCAACGCAGCGACGUCUCCAUUUUGUCGUUGCAGUUGCAGGUAAAGAAGUUGGAGGAAGAGAAAGCGAAGGAAAAUGACGGAGAAGAAGAUAAAGAACCAGAUCUGGCGGUUACCGGCGAGGAAGAGCGGUCGGAAAAAGACAAAAACGGUGGAGAAAUGGAAGAGGCUAAACCAGCGAAUUCAGAACCGGAUAUUCGCCGGCUUGACGAAAGCACAACUAAUACUGAUAAGGUGUUACCAACAACAGGGGAUGAAUCGGACCGAGACAAUCAAUCGGUUAAUGAGUCGAACUCAACCGGUUCGAGGUUCGAUGCAGCGAAAACCGGUGAGGUUGAUGUAAAAAUAGAACCCGGUCCGGUUCCAGUUCAUUCCGGUUUGAAAGAACCGGAUCAGACCGCGAGAAAGAAAAAAUCGGUUGAAGAGGAAUCGAAUAACGGAAGCUAUGAUAACGAGGCUAAAGUUCUUACGUGUGAGUCGGUUCCUCCGAGUGAAGAGAGGAAGGUGGAGGGUGACUCGUCCGAGUUGCAUGACUCUGUGACUCACUCGGAGGAGGGAGGGACGAGGGAAAGCAGCGAGGUGCAGAGUUCUUCGAGUUUGGCGAAAUCGAGGAAGUCGCGGCGGAAGAAGGAGGUUUCGGGCGGAGAAGUUUUGCCAGAGAACGAGGACGUAGUAGCGAUGGUGAAAUCGGAACCGUUGGUUGACGUCUUGGAGAUGAUUAAAAGACAUGAAAAUUUUUCAUUAUUUGAGCGCCGUCUCGAGAAAAAUCAGGAUUUGGAUAGAUACAAAGACAUUGUGAGACAGCACCUGGACUUGGAAACCAUACAUUCGAGACUCCAAAAGGGUCACUAUUCCUCAUGCACUAACACAUUCUUCCGUGACCUCCUCCUCCUCUUCACCAACGCCACUGUUUUCUUCCAUCAUGACUCAACCGAAUCACGCGCGGCGCAGCAGCUGAUUCGCCUUGUCAUUGCUGAGAUGAGAAGCUGCAGCCGAACACAGUCUGACCCUAUCACACAGAAGAACGAUUCACUUCCUCCGAACCCACCAUUAUCCAAACCAGAUUCUGUUCUUCCCAAGCACAAAUCCUCUGCUCCUAUCAUAGUUUGCCGCAAACGCAGUUCAAUCUCAGUUAAACCGUCCACAUCCACCUUUAGCCAAAAGGGUGAUCAGUCCAUCCAGAAUGACAAGAAGGAAAGAUCAUCUUCAGAUACCAAACCAACCUUGAAACAGAGUUAUUCUGAGACAGACGAAGACGAGCCUCCCAAGGCCAAGGAAAAGCCUGUCACUGGAGCCAGAAGCAGAAGAAGCAGCAAAAGCCACAACAGUAACACUGGCGAUAAGAAACCACUCUCUAACUCCACACAUAAAACAGGGUCCUCAGCAAACAAGCCUGUUGAGACCCCAAAAUUGGAUAAGAACAAAGCAGAAGGGGUGUCAGACAAGAAGAAGAACGCAGCCGCCGAUUUCUUGAAGAGAAUAAAGCGAAAUGCAUCAGCGGAGGUGAUGAGAAGUGGUGGUAGUGGUGGAGGAGGAAGUAGUGGCAGCAGUAAGGGUGGUGGAGGUGGUUCUAAUAUGAAAGAUCAGAAGAAAAUAGUGAACAGUGGAAAAGGGGAGAAAGGGAAAGAAAGAUCUUCAAGGUAUGACGAUGGAGGAGGAUCAGGGUCAGGGGAUAAGAGGAAUAAGAAUAUUGAGCACAGCUCUCAGUCGAGGCGGAGUGUUGGGAGACCUCCAAAGAAAUCGGAAACCAAUGUCGUUAAGCGCGGAAGGGAAAGUAGUGCAAGUGGUGGGAAAGAUAAGCGACCGAAAAAACGUUCAAAGAAAUGAUUUUCAGUUUCUUAGUUAGUUCUUCUUUCCCCUGUAUAUUAUUGUUAAAGCAUGUGUUUGUUCUAUUAUAUUAUUUAUUCUGAUAAUUUAUUGGUCACAGCCUGUAGUCAGUUCCUAGGUAAAAUGUAACUGUUUUUCAUUUGGGCUAAAGCUUGUAACAACAUUGUAGUACUCAGGCACAAUGCUUUUCUUGAUUUUUGUUUAACAGGAAAGCAUAGCCAGUGCUUAUGCUCGUGGAUCUUGAUCUGUUUCUUUUUGGACAUGUAUAUUCAAGUGCUCUGCUUCUUCUGUUUUGGGUCA